AUGCAUUCGCUUUAUUUAUUCACCAGCCUCAUAUCAACACAUCGAAGGAAACUGAUCUCGGUUCAUGGGAAAAGCCAAAAGGAGAGUAAAAAAGUCAUCACUGACAACGAAGCUACCAGCUAUCUAAAGCAACGUAGUAAACAAAGAAAACGCGUUUCACGACCUUCUCCAUGUGAUACACAAAAUGCUAAUUCGACGAGCAUCGACACUUAA